GAGUAAAUAUUCUAACAAGGUUAUAUCUCUUUUGUUCUUUACUACAUUGAUUCUGAUGGAAUAAAAAUGGUUAAACUUUUACAGUUCUGUGCCAGAUCACCAGUUGGGGCCAUGAGAUGAUUCCUCUAAAUGCCAUAAUAGAUGGAUAUAUAUUCAUUUCUAUAUGCAACAUUUACUUUUAUUUAUAAAGUAUAUUAUACUUUAAAAUAAAGUUUACUGAUAGAGAAAUAAUUAGUUUUUAAAUUGCAAAUAAUUCUGUAGACUUGAUAUAUGUAAAGAGAACAUUAGAUCCAACUGUUGAAUCAUUUAAUGCUCAUAGAAAAGUUGUUGAAUGGAAUUAGUUUGGUCAGAUUUUCGCUUGGAGUAUGUGAUUCUCCCAUCUAUGCAUACAUCAAAGACUUUAGAUUAUAAGUAUGGAGUAAUGGAGAAUGAGACUACAGAAACAAGCACUUCAGGGUGUGGUUCCCUGAUUCUUGAAAUGGGUGCUUUAUCAAAAAUGACUGGCGACCCCAUAUACGAAUCAGUAGCUUUACGUGCUCUUCGCAAGCUGUGGAGUAUGCAGAGCUCAUUAAAACUAUUUGGAACCACAUUGGACGUGGCAACUGGGCAAUGGAUCGAAUAUUCAUCAGGAAUUGGAGCUGGGGUUGAUUCCUUCUACGAGUAUCUUCUCAAAGCCCAUAUCCUUUUUGGGAAGGAGGACUUUUGGAAGAUGUUUCACUCUGCUUAUGUUGCUGCGCAGAAAUAUUUCAGACACGGUGCUUGGUACCAUGAAGCCGAUAUGAGGACUGGAAGAGCAACUUAUUGGCAGCUUACAAGCCUUCAAGCAUUUUGGCCUGGCCUACAGGUUCUUAUUGGGGAUGUUAUGGCUGCUAAUUCCUCUCACCGUGAGUUCUUCCAUGUGUGGAAGAGAUACGGAGUGCUACCAGAGAGGUAUUUGCUGGACCACCAGAUGAUUCAUCCUACUGAAAAAUAUUAUCCCUUACGUCCUGAAUUGGCUGAGUCAACAUUCUACUUAUAUCAAGCUACUAAAGAUCCAUGGUAUAUUGAAGUCGGUGAAUCAAUAGUGAAUUCCCUUAAUUUAUACACCAAAGUUGAAGGUGGUUUUGCAAGCAUUAAGGAUGUGACAACUAUGCAAUUGGAAGAUCAUCAGCAUAGUUUUUUUCUUGCUGAAACGUGCAAAUAUUUAUAUCUUCUGUUUGACGAUUCGUUUGUACAUGACAAUAAUUACGUAUUUACAACUGAAGGUCAUCCUCUUCCGUUACUCAGCAAUUGGCAUGAAGAGCUUCCAGAAGCUUAUGUUCCAACUAAUUGGACUUUUGUGAAGAGGCAACCAAGAGUGAGUCGAAUCAGCGCAAUGUCUCUGCAAGUGUGUCCUGCUUUGAAUUUAAAGUCAGGUCAACAUAUUGAGAGUGCUUGCCACAUCCCCGAUGCUCGUAGUGACUUCAGGUGUUUGACAGACGAAGAUUGUGGAGUUGAUGCCACUACAUGCAGAAGAAGAUCAUGCAGUAUGGCUGGUUUUUGUGGGUUAUGGCUCUUCAGCAGAUGAUACCAUGUUUACAGGAAUUCUUUUAGGAUAAAAAAACAUAAGUGAAAAUUUCAUUAUACAAAUAAUAAAUGCAAUGGUGUCAACCAUUAAUUAGCACCCGUCUAAUGUUACAGGAUUAGAGUAAAUUGGUAGGUAAACACUUGACCAGUUUUGUUUAGAAAGANGGAAA